AUGGCUUCUCCACAAUGCUAUCGUUUAGUUCUUGCUUUGCUAGCCACCUCCCUCUUCAUCAACCCUGCCUGGACUGACGAAGCAACUCAAAACCUAAUAGACCAUAUCUGUCGACGAAUGGAGGAAUAUGCAUUCUGCGACAACACUUUCAACCAAAACCUGAAAGGUCGUCAUGCAGAUAUGGCAGCUGUGACCCUAAUAACCAUCGAGCAAGCCGUCAGCCAUGCGACCAACACCCACAGUUUCAUCGCUCGACUCCUCAAGAAGGCGACCGAUCCAGCAGACAAGAAGGCUCUCACAACCUGCCAAGACGCUUACCACCUGGUGAUGGGUGGUUUCCAGGAAGCUGCAGCGGCUUUCUUUCUGAAAGAUUAUGACAGCAUGUUGUUGUCCGAGAGGCCAACACCUAGAGCACAAGCUGGUUGCACCGCUAUCUUUAACACCCCACCCAAUCCAGCUAGCCCUGUUGGUGAUAGAAAUAGGCAAAUGAGGAUCUUAAUUGCCAUGGCCAUUGCUGCUGGAACUGAGCUUACCAGGCCUCUUGAUUCAUAA